AGACAUAAAACUAAAGAAUGUAUUGUUGGACAGAAGCAAUCGAGCUAAGCUGACCGAUCUUGGUUUCUGCAAGCCAGAGGCCAUGAUGUCAGGCAGUAUUGUUGGUACUCCCAUCCACAUGGCCCCAGAGCUUUUCACUGGCCACUAUGACAAUAGUGUUGAUGUGUAUGCCUUUGGCAUACUCUACUGGUACAUCUGUGCUGGCCACGUGAGGUUACCUCUCAUCUUUGAGCAAUGCCAGUCGAAAGAUCAGCUUUGGACCUGUGUUAAGAAAGGUGCUCGGCCAGAAAGACUAGCGCAGUUUGACAAUGAAUGCUGGGAGCUAAUGCAAGAAUGCUGGGCUGGGGACCCUGCCAAAAGGCCGCUGCUUGGUGAUGUGGAGCCCCGGUUAAUGCGUAUAAUGGAGUGUUAUGCAAAGAAACAACUGGAAUACAAAGAACAAUGGCAUGACGAUCAACUUAAUGAGGACGAUAGUAAAGUUGACUCAGCCAUAGAUGCUGUGACGACUGAGCAGUGUGGCUUCAUAGCAUGGGAAGAUGAAACACAAUUGGGCUGUAUAGGGAUGUACACCCUCAGUAGUACGCUGUGACGGUGAGUAGUGUCUUGGGUGUAGUGACAGAUAAAUUAGUGCUUCAGAUAAGGCUUUGGAUGUUGCAUUGAUCAGCAGCUUAGGUAAUAAUAAGGUCAAGUGGAAAGGCAGAAUAUGUGCAACUAUCAUUGUUAUCAAUAUUCCUUUUUGAAAUUGAAAAUGGAGCUUCCACCAUAUUUAACUAAACAUGUCCUAAAAAAUAUAUAUAUAUUUAGUGGUAUCUCCUGUACUUAUUUAUAGAGUAAUUACAGAAACUGCAUUACAGGGUGUCUGCAUCCUGUAUCUCAGUAAACUUUUAAAGCCGUGGGUGCCUUUCGUAAAAAUAAUAGCCAGAAAAGCUUUUUCCUAACUGAGUGUGUGCCUUUAGACUGAACUGAUUGUAUAAAUCAUGUCACAGUGUUGAAGUUCUGCAGAGCAUAGAUCAUCAUGAAAGAUGAGACAUUGAUAAAUUUGCUUAUGUUUUUUUGUUGUUGUUGUUGUUUUUUUGCUUGCUUUUGGGGUCAUAUGUGUAUGAUUAUGUUGAAAAUGUUUGUUUUUAUUCAUACUACAUAGGCAUUGAAAAUCAUGUAAUUUUAACAGCUAAUAGCAAAUGAACUUUUGAAUGGGAAUACAUCACUAAACAUCUUGCAGCUUGAAAUAAAGGGUGACUUUAAAAUGACAUAGCUAUGAAUGCACAGUUCUACUAUUUUACCAUGUAUGAAGGGUAUUUUCAUUUUGUAAUCCCCCCCCCCUUUUAAGGGCAACAAUAAUCCUGUCUGUGAAUGCCUAUCAUCUUUGACUUACCCACAAGGGACAGGGAAUUUGGAUAUACAAUAACUAUUUGUCCAAAGUAUUAUAUUGUAAAUAGGAAUUAUAUUUGAAUGUGCAAAACACAUGGUACUAGAUAGAACAAUAUACUAAAAACAGCAUCCUUUCUCUAUCAUCUGUCUUCAUCUCUAUAGUUGCUUUCUUUCCUCUUCCUUCUCUUUUUUCAAGAAAAGCUUCUCAGUGUCAAGAAAAGAGAAACAUCAGCUUAGCAAAGGGGAAGCCACAACCAGAAAUAUGAAUAUGUUAUCAUAAAAGCUAGAGAGAGAAAAUAUUAAAACUGUUUAAGUUUAUAUCAUAAUUUGUGAUUUGUAUGACAGCACUGUCAGUGUUUAGGUCUUUUUCCAUGCAUAUUUUUUAAGAUUCUCUUCUACAGGUGAGAAUUCACAGAUAUGAAUAUUUAAGGUGAAUGAAAGUUAAAGGGAGGGAAGUGUUAUUUAUCAGUAGUAUGUUUAUUUUUAAAAGAGGUUAACUCAAAACAAGAAAUAAGCUUGUUUAUAUAGAGAUGCAUGAAUAUGUUUAUAUUUUUCCUCAUUUUCUCAUUUGUGUGUCUAAUUUUAUAGAACCAUGUCAGAAUCUACACGAUCGCAUGGCUUAAGCUGUAAACCAAUUUUUUACGAACUGUGUUACCAGUUCAACAAUAAAAGAUCAAGUUUAUGUGUAAAAUGCUUUCAUGCAGUUGGUCAUUAUGGGUACUCUAUGCCUAGAAGUCUAUUUAUGUUUCCAUCCAUUUGUUAUUCCAUCCAUCAGUUCUAUUUAUCUGUUUAAGGAUUAUAAUUUGUAUUUAAGCAUUUUACAUACAAACUAGGUUUAAAGUGUGUGUGUGUGUGUGUGUGUGUGUGUGUGUGUGUGUGUGUGUGUGUGUGUGUGUGU